CCCAUCUUCACCAUUUCUCUUCCUUCCUCAUUUUCUCUCACCUCUCUCUCUCUCUCUCUCAAAUAUUUCAUCUCCUAUCAUUCGACCUUCUUUCAAAUCCACAAAUACUUAAGUUCCAGCUUCCAUCACCAACCAUGGCGGAUCCUCAGCUUAAUCCUCACCAGAAUCCUCCUUCUUCUGCCUCCAUUUCAGUCGAAUCGCCACCGUCCAGAUCAACUUCCAAGCUUCCCAACUUCCUCCUCUCCGUCCGCCUCAAGUACGUCAAGCUCGGCUACCACAUCCUCAUUUCCAACGCCAUGUACCUCAUCCUCAUCCCCAUCCUCGCCGCCGCCUCCGCCCAUCUCUCCACCGUCUCCUUCCACGACCUCCUCCAGCUCUGGGAGAAUCUCAAGUACAAUCUCGUCUCCGUCACCCUCUGCUCCAGCCUCAUGGUCUUCCUCGUCACUGUCUACUUCAUGAGCCGCCCGCGAGCCGUCUACCUCGUCGAUUUCAACUGUUAUAAGCCCGAGGCGGAGAGGAUUUGCAGCAGAGAGAUCUUCAUGGAGAGAUCUAAUCUUACGGGUUCAUUUACGGAGGAGAAUUUAGGGUUUCAGAAGAAGAUUUUGGAGAGGUCGGGAUUAGGGCAGAAGACGUAUUUGCCGCCGGCGGUUUUGAAUGUUCCGCCGAAUCCGUGUAUGGCGGAGGCGAGGAAGGAGGCGGAGGAGGUUAUGUUCGGGGCUAUCGAUGGGCUUCUGGAGAAGACGGGAGUGAAAGCGAAGGAUAUUGGGAUUUUGGUGGUGAAUUGUAGCUUGUUUAACCCUACGCCUUCUUUGUCCGCCAUGAUUGUGAACCAUUAUAAGCUCAGAAGCAACGUUCUGAGCUACAAUCUGGGUGGCAUGGGUUGUAGUGCAGGCCUCAUCUCCAUCGACCUCGCAAGACAGCUUUUACAGGUGCACCCAAACUCGUAUGUGCUGGUAGUGAGCAUGGAGAACAUCACUCUGAAUUGGUACUUCGGCAACAACCGCUCCAUGUUGGUCUCUAACUGCCUCUUCCGCAUGGGCGGCGCCGCCAUUCUCCUCUCCAACCGCUCCUCCGACCGCCGUCGUGCUAAGUACCAGCUCGUCCACACCGUCCGCACCCACAAGGGAGCCGACGACAAGUCCUACGGCUGCGUCUUUCAAGAAGAAGACGACACCAAACGCAUCGGCGUCUCCCUCUCUAAAGACCUCAUGGCCGUCGCCGGCGAAGCCCUCAAGACUAACAUCACUACCCUCGGCCCCCUCGUCCUCCCCAUGUCCGAACAACUCCUCUUCUUCGCCACACUGGUCGCCAGAAAAGUCUUCAAGAUGAACAAGAUCAAGCCUUACAUUCCAGACUUCAAGCUCGCUUUCGAGCACUUUUGUAUUCACGCAGGAGGUAGGGCAGUUCUGGACGAGUUGGAGAAGAAUCUAGAACUUUCUGACUGGCACAUGGAACCUUCUAGAAUGACUCUUUACAGGUUUGGAAACACUUCUAGUAGUUCUCUGUGGUAUGAACUGGCUUACACAGAGGCCAAAGGGAGGAUCAAGAAGGGUGAUCGGACAUGGCAGAUUGCAUUUGGGUCCGGUUUCAAAUGUAACAGUGCCGUGUGGCGUGCGUUGAGGUCCGUUGAUCCUAAGAAGGAGAAGAAUCCAUGGAUGGAUGAGAUUCAUGAGUUCCCAGUUGAAGUGCCUAAGGUGGCAGCCAUUAAUAAUGGAUCUCAUGACUUGCAGAAAUAAAUUAAAUUAAACCGAUUAAACCUUGUUUUUUCAUUUUUUUUUUUCAAAAGGGGAGGGGAUAUGAUUGAUAUAUGAUGAAAAUUAAAUGACGAUGGUGAUGAUGAUCUUUAGGUAGUAAGACAAAAGAGAAGACUUACUCCCAAUCUUAGUUGUGUUGUCAAUUGGAUGGUUUAUUGAAGUUGGCUUUUAGGGUUUGUCUGUAUACAAUCAAAUUGUUGCUGCAAUGGAAAAUGAUUAUUCUUCAUUUCAAUUGAUA